UCAAGAGUCAAAUUUUUCAAGGUUUUAGGUUAUGUUUAUAUUGAGUUCUGUUAUUUUUCGUUUUGAUAAUUUUACAAAUUUUUAUAAACAAUAUAAAUGAAUUAAAAUGUCACCCGAUACAAACGGCAAUCCACCAAGUGUCGUAAAACGCAAGAAAAAAAUAAAUCCAAAUAAAAAAUGCGUUGGAUCUGAUUGCCACUGUUUCGUAAGUUCUCCAGCUUGCAGCAAAGGUACUCUGCCAAAUGUUCAAAGUUAUUCUUUUGGAAACAGUUUAAAAACUCAACAUUUAAUGACAUUACCGUCACUAUCAACGAAUUGUAAGAACUGCUUAUUCAGUUCGGAUGUGCUUAAAAACAUGCAAACGCCUGAAUUCAGUGAUAGUCACGAAUAUUCCAGUUUACCACCAACGGUUAAUAUGCAAGGAAACGAAACAUCGACUGCGAGACGAUUUUCUGAUCCUGGUUUACCAAAUGACAGCGACUCGAGCACUAGCACAGUUGAUGAAAGUGUUAUACAUAAAUUAAAAUCUCAGGUAAAUCACCUCAAAGAAAACAACCACAGAUUAACCAGGGAGAUUGAGGAUUUAAGACUAGAGGUGAAUUUGUUAAAACAACAUAAUUUUAAACAAUAUAAUAGGGAAUAUGAACCUGGGUUGAUCGCCGAUAUCAUUAGAGAAGUUAGGGAUGCAGCGAAAGUUAGGGAAGAUGCUUUUUUUGCCAGAGUUAAGCAUUUAAUGGAGGAACAACAUCAACAGCUUGGAUUGAACCAGAUGCAUUUUUUGACUGAAAAGCAGAAAAACAAUGACAGAAUAUCUAAACUUGAAGAGCAGUUGAAAAGUUUAAAUCUAGUAACAAACAGAUCAGAAAAUAGUAGUCUAUCAUUGACGUCUCUAAAUGGAAAUAAUGCUAACUCAGCUCGGCAGGUACUCGAGCUAGAAAGAGAAGCAUUGGAAUUAAGAAGAGAAUUGCAAGAUACGCGAGCAAAAAAAGAAGCAUCGGAUCAUAAAAUCAUGUUAUUGGAUAAAAAACUGUCAAAUUUGUUGCGUUGCGAUGAAGUUCAAAGUUCUGAUGCUUCCGAUGAUGGUAAAACUGAAUCGGAAAGCGUCAGUUCCAGCGGCAUUACUAAUGCUUCAGUUCUUUCUCAAAAUCCAAGAAUAACUUUAUCAGGACCGGUAACUGAUUUAUAGUUACUUUGUCUGAACUGAACAUUCCUUUUAUAGUACAUAAAUUAAAACGAAAUUUAACUGAAAUUAAUGGUACUAAACAUUCCAACAAUAAUUUUUAAUAUCGCUAAAACUUAAAUGGAGGGUUUAUGAAACUGGGAUAUCAAUUAACUUUUAAGACUAAAAAAGGAUCUAAAUAAAAAAAAUAAUUAUUAAUAUAAUAAUAUAUUAAAUAACCCACAGAUUUUUGUAAUUUGACAUAUCUAAACUUCAAUGUGAAACGACAUAUUUUUAAAAAGCACCAAUAUUUUUUUUUUAUUAAGCACUUGAUGGAUUUAAAUUCUGUACUUGAUAUAAAUAAGAUGAAAAUCAUUUUUUUUUGAUUCAGUAAACAAUUCCGAAAAAUCACGCUCAGAACAUAUCGUGAGCUUAGAGCGAAAACUCACUAAGUCAAAAAUUGUAGUUCUGAGGAAAUCAACAAAGAAAAUUUUAGCGGAGAAAUUUGAACGUAAUAUGUUUUUCUUUUAAGUUGUAAGUUUGACCAAGGUAAGAAUAAUGUGCUUAGGCAUUUGUUUAUCGGUUUUACAUUUAAUAAUUAAUUUGAUUUAAUUGUUUUCUAUAAAAUGUAACCAAUUUUAUUAAAAAAUUGACUUAAUGAGUUUUGCUUUAAUAGCUUUAGGGUAAGAAGAUGGACUUAAUGAAUAAAAUUAGCAAGUUAUUUUCAUAAAUUUUUAUUAAGUAAAGUACUGGGGGUGCUGGGUCAAUAUUAACAGAUCCACUGACUAGUAGGGACUGAUACCAACCAAGAUACUCUUCUGGAAUGGUACCCUUCUGGCAUAAAUUGAGUAAAUCUGAUUUCUUUUCUUUGGAUAUCGGUAGUAACCUUUUGUAAAGCUUUUCCAGAUUCAUAUCUUGAAAAUUAUUAUCUGAAAUCCUUCUUCUAUUUCCACGAACAUCCAAUCGACUGUAUUCCCCAAAGUAAUCAUACUUGUACUCCAUAAUGUAGGGAGAAUCUUUUUUAAAUCGCAAACAUUUAAUUUUUUGCCACAAUCUAUUUUUUAUAAAUUUUUUUGCCAGACCUUGAAAAUCAUAAAAAUCCUUAAACAUUACCUGUUCAAUAAUAUAUGGGUCCCUUAAUUUAUUUCUAUUCCUUUUGGAUCUUGCCUCUCUAAAUAUAUUUAGCCAAUCAUGAACUACGUAUACAGGCGAAUUUUUUUUUUGUUUCUCAAUUGCGCUAUGCAUGGAGUCCACCUCCAUGUAAGAGUGUCCACUCUUGAGAAAUUUAUGCUCAACGACAUCGAUCCCUGUUUGUCUGAGUCAAACAGCAUCAAGGCGCUCACGUUUUGGUUGCGGUUUUGACCGCUGCAACUAUCAGAAAAAAGCGAUACAAGUUUGACUUCUUCUGAAAGAGUAUGGAACCACUUAAAUAAGCACGUAGCUAUUUUCGAACUGCCCUUUUUUCCAUUAAGUUCUGUCCAGGAGUAGCAGUAUGCUUUAUUUGGAAAACCUGCCUCGUAGAUAGUAAAGUUAUACAUGUUAAUUUUUCUAGUGUAUUACAUUAAUGAUACACCAGAACAGGGUAUCUGCAGCACUGAUUGCAGAUCAAAAGUUACAGAUACAAAAUCACGUUCGUUAUUAGCUAUAAUUUCAUCUAGUUCUUUGGCCUUUGCAGCAUCAGUUUUUCUUUUUAUAUGGCUUACGUAGUCUUCAGUCAAAUUUUGAUCUUCUGGCUUCUUUCCAUGUUUCCAACAAAUUUGGCAUUGGUCCUUUUUAGGAAUAAAGAAGGACAAAUUAAAAUUUGUACAAAAUAUUUUUCUAUACAUAGAUUGAGAAACUGGUUGGCGAUUAUCUUCCAAGCAUUUUUCUUUAUACAAAUAAAA